AUGGCGUCACGCCUCUUCGCACGAUUUCCCUCCGCCGUCGUACCCCUCAGAGCUUCUAAUCCCUUACUAUCGAGAUCAUUCCAGACAUCAAGCAGACGAUUGCAGGAAGCUGUUGUUGCGCCACCGGUGAAAAAGCCUGUGGGAGCUUUCAGAGGAGGACUGUUUGGAUUUCUACUCGGGACCACCCUUGCAGGCGCUUCAGUCUACUACUACAUUCUCGAGGAAUACAAGGUCUCCAAUGAGCUCUUGACAGAAGAUAUCUAUGUA